AUGACGAGCAAAUCGCUCGACGUCGUCACGAAGCAGACCGGUGCCGACGCCCGCCUCGCCAGGUCCGCGUCGGCCGCCCCGCCCGUGCCGGACCUCGACGCCCUCAUCGCCCACGUCGAGGCGCACGGCUACGUCGUGAUCCCGCACGCCUUCGCCGCCGAGGAGGCGGACGAGGCCCACGCCGAGAUCCUCCGCCUCGCGUCUUCACCGGCCCGCGCCGGGCCCGCCGGGGCCGACGGCGGCCGCAACGAGUUCGAGGGCCUCCGGACGCGGCGCAUCUACGCGCUCCUCGACAAGUCGCCCGUCUUCCGCCGGUUCCCCCUGCACCCGGCCCUGCUCGCGCUGAACGACCACUUCCUGGGCCCGGGGUUCCUGCUGAACGCGUACCACAGCGUCUACAUCCAGCCCGGGGAGUCGCCCCAGGCGCUGCAUCACGACGACGGGUACGUCGGCAUCCCGAGACCCCAUCCCCCUUUCGGAACGGGCGUCAUGAUCGCGCUCGACGACUUCACUGCCACGAACGGCGCGACGGUCGUGAUCCCGGGCUCGCACGCCUGGGGCCCGGACACGGGCCACGCGAACGUGCCCCGCCGCGAGGACACGGUCCCGGUGGUCAUGCCCAAGGGCAGCGCCGUCUUCUUCCUCGGGACGCUGUGGCACGGCGGCGGGGAGAACACGUCGGCCCGCGAGAGGCGGGCGCUGACGGUGCAAUACUGCCGGUCCUGGGUGCGCCCGCUCGAGAACCAGAUCCUCUCCGUCGAGUGGGAGAAGCUGGGCGGCAUGCCGCGGCGGCUGGUGGAUCUGUUGGGGUACGGGGUCGGCUCGCCGUUCGUCGGAUACGCCGACGGCGUUCACCCAUGGAAGGUCGUGCAGAGGCGUCUGCAGGAGCGGCGGGAGCGCCACCACAGGUUGUGA